UCUGAUGAUCCGGUGUUUGAUUCGUUUGUUCGUUCGCUUCACAGGAGAUGAGUUCUGCUCUGGUUCAUGACAAACUCUUCAUCAAGUCCUUCUGGGAGCAGAAGAUCAACACUCACACUCAUAUGAUCGAAGCCGAAGAAGAGAGGAGGAAGAGGAGCGCUCUCUUAAAGCUGCGUGACGAGUGGCUCACAAGGAUGGAGAACCGGACCAAACAUCUGAAGAAUUUCGGAGACAAUCGCGGGGGAAAUCCAACGGCUAACUAACUGUGCGACACACAGAUGAGCCGAGCUCAAUAAACACACGAGUCACUGA